AGUAUCACGGAUAGUCAUUUCGACUCUGAAUUAAAAACGAUCCUCAUUAUACAUGGUUACACAGAUGAAGGGGACGCGGCAUGGGAAGAUGCCAAUGUCAUCGCUGUUAAUUGGAAAGAGGGCGCUGCCCAGAUCAACUAUUUUAAAGCAGUUGCUAAUACACGAGUAGUUGGUGCUGUGGCUGCUCAACUUAUCAAAGAUCUGAAGUCAGUUGGUGGAAUCAGUUACUCCAAUGUUCACAUCAUUGGUCACAGUCUGGGUUCUCAUAUUGCGGGAUAUAUUGGAGAAAUUAUACCAGGGUUGGGACGAAUAACUGGUUUAGAUCCUGCUGGUUUGGGUUUUGAAAACUAUGAUGUCACAGUCCGAUUGGAUCCUUCUGAUGCUGACUAUGUAGAUGCAAUACAUACUGACGGCGAAACACUUCUUCAGUUAGGAUUGACGAGCGAUGUUGCGUGUAGCCACAUGAGAGCUAUCGACCUCUUCACGGAAUCUAUAAAUGGCGACUGUACAUUUAACUCCUUUCCCUGUAGUUCCUGGUCCAACUUUGAAAACGGUCAAUGUUUGCACUGA